AUGGACGACUCUGAGAAGCAGCACGGCCAGGCCGCCGCUGAACGCAUCCGCUGGGACGCCGACGAGGAGGCCGGCAGGAAAGCCCAUCGGUCCAGCACGGGGCCUGCUCUGCAUCAUGCCCGGUCCAACACGUCCAUGUCCAUUCACUCGAUCCGGUCGAGGCGCAAUUCCAUUGAUGCCGCUGCCGAGCUGCCCAUCCAGUACCGCACGGUGUCCAUCGAGAUAGAAGAGUACAAGACAAAAACAGAAGCCGUCAAGAAGGCCAAGAAUGUCGCCACAGAGCUUUCGGAACUUGAAUGGCAUGUCCUCUCCGUCGAUGAGAUCCUCAGACGCCAGUCGUCCUCCCUCGCCGACGGCCUCUCCCCGGACCAGGUCCAGCGCCGCAUGGCGCACUACGGUAGGAACGCGCCCUCGCCCGCGCCGACAAACCACACAAAGCGCAUCCUCGGAUACUUCUUCAAGGGAUUCGGAACCGUCCUGCUGGUGGCCUCGAUCCUCGUCUUCAUCGCGUGGAAGCCCCUCGGCAGCCCGCCCGCCGUGGCCAACCUGGCGCUGGCCAUUGUGCUGCUGGCCGUCUUCUUCAUCCAGGCCGCCUUCAACAUGUGGCAGGACUGGUCCUCUUCGCGUGUGAUGAACUCCAUCAAGACGAUGCUUCCCGAGAACUGCAUGGUCAUCCGUGACGGCCACCAGGUCGAGCUCCCGGCUGACCAGAUUGUCCCCGGAGACAUUCUCAUUGUCAAGUCGGGGAACAAGUUGCCUGCUGAUGUGCGUUUUCUCAAGGUCUCUUCCGACGCCAAAUUUGACAGGUCCAUUUUGACAGGAGAGUCGGUUCCGCUGCCUGCUUCGGUCGACUCGACUGAUAACAACUACCUCGAGACCCGAUGCAUCGGUCUCCAAGGCACUCACUGCGUCUCUGGCACUUGCACGGGGUUGGUGGUGGCCACCGGCGACAACACCAUCUUUGGCCGCAUCGCCAAGCUGACCAAUGAGCCCAAAAAGGGGCUGACCACUCUCGAGCGUGAGGUCCUGCACUUUGUGCUCAUCAUCUGCUCCAUCAUGUUCCUUAUGAUUGUCAUCGUUUUGAUUGUCUGGGGCACCUGGUUGAGGAAGCAGUACCCCGACUGGAUUAACGUUCCGAACUUGAUCAUCUCCUGUGUCUCUGUUGCCGUAGCCUUCAUCCCUGAGGGUCUGCCUGUUGCUUUGACGGCCAGCAUGACCAUCAGCGCAAACAUGAUGCGGAAGAACAAGAUUCUGUGCAAGUCGCUCAAGACCGUUGAGACUCUUGGGUCCGUGUCCAUCAUUUGUUCCGAUAAGACCGGAACUUUGACUCAAAACAAAAUGGUUGUUACUGAGUGCGCCAUCGGCACCAUGACGAUGACGGCCGAGGGUGCCCGGGAUGCACUUACACUGAACAAACACAACGCUCCGAACAACAACUCCCUGGAGCAGCUCCGUGCUAUCGCAGGUCUUUGCAACGCCGGCCAGUUUGAUGCCGCCACCAUGCGCCUGCCCCUCCACGAGCGUGUCAUUCACGGUGAUGCUACAGACCAGGCCAUCCUGCGUUUCUCUGAGAGUCUGGGCCAGGUUGCCGAGCUGCGUCGCUGCUGGCAGACAAAGUACGAGCUUGCCUUCAACAGCAAGAACAAGUACAUGAUCCGCGUUCUUGGCCUGUCCCACCCCGAUGGCUUGUCGUUCGCUCUGCCCUCUGACACUGCAUCGGUAUUCCAACCAGGUGAUGUUCUGCUGACCAUCAAGGGCGCCCCCGACGUUCUUAUGCCCAGACUCAGCAACUACGUCAACCCCUCCGGAUACACCACUGCCUUGGACCCUUCGACGCGUGCUUCCAUCGAGCAGAUCAAGGAUGAAUGGUCAGCUCAAGGCCGUCGCGUCCUGCUGCUCGCUCGCAAGGCCAUUUCGAGAUCCGCUCUUAAGGGAACCCCGUCCGACAGCUCUUACGAGAUGGAAAUCAACAACCAAGCCAAGGCCGGCCUCACUCUCGUCGGUAUUGUUGGUAUUGUCGAUCCGCCCCGCCCCGAGAUCCCUGAGGUCAUGAACACCCUCCGUGGUGCGGGCAUUCGAAUCUUCAUGGUCACUGGCGACUUUGCUCUCACGGCUCAGGCCAUCGCAGCUGAAUGCAACAUAAUCAGCGUCCCCCGCUCUCAGAUCGACGAUAUCUCGGCCCUUCAACGCAUAACAAAUGUCGACCCAUCAAUAAAACCCGUCAUGGACGAUCUCGAGUCCUCCCCACGCCAGGCCCUCGUCCUCUCCGGUCCUGAGCUGAUGACCCUCAACGAAGAGCAAUGGGAUCAACUGGCGCAGUAUCAAGAGAUUGUCUUCGCACGCACGACGCCCGAGCAGAAGCUUCGUAUCGUCCGCGAGCUACAGGCGCGCCACCAGAUUGUGGGAAUGACUGGUGACGGCGUCAACGACGCUCCCUCUCUGCGCGCUGCGGAUGUCGGCAUCGCCCUAGGCUCGGGAAGUGACAUCGCCAUCGAGGCUGCGGAUAUGGUUCUCCUCGAUUCCUUUUCCAGUGUCGUCGAGGCGCUGCGCUACGGACGCAUGAUGUUCGACAACCUGAAGAAGACCGUCGCUUACCUUCUGCCCGCCGGAAGUUUCUCCGAGUUCUGGCCCGUCAUGACAAACGUCCUGUUUGGCAUCCCUCAGAUUCUGAGCAGUUUCCUCAUGAUCAUCAUUUGUCUCUUCACCGACGCUGCCGCCGCUAUUGCCAUGGCCUACGAGGCCCCGGAGGCGGACGUCCUGCUCCGCAAGCCCCGCGUGCCUGGCAAGGACCGCCUCGUCGACUGGCAGCUCGUUGUCCAAUCCUACGGCCUCGUUGGCGUGCUCGAGACUCUGUCCUCGUUCGCCAUGUCGUACUGGUACCUUGAGCGCAACGGCAUCAAGUUCUCCGACAUAUGGUUCUCCUUUGGAAACCUCCCCUCGAGCAUCGAUAAAGAGUAUUACCAGCAGAAGCUCAACAUCGCGAGCUCCAUCUACUUUGUCAACCUCGUCGUCAUGCAGUGGUUCAACCUCAUGGCCAUUCGCACCCGUCGCCUGUCGCUCUUCCAGCACCCGCCCAUCGGCAACAAGCGGACGCAGAACCUGUACCUGUUCCCCGCCAUCGUGUUCGCUCUUCUAAUGGCGAUUUUCUGGCUUUACGUCCCCGAGUUCCAGACGACGCUUGGUACGGCCCCGGUGCCGGUUGAGUACUGGUUCUUGCCCAUGACCUUUGGCCUUGGCAUUCUUCUAAUCGACGAGGCGAGAAAGUUUGCGGUGCGGAGAUGGCCUACUGGCAUUAUUGCCAAAGCGGCCUGGUAA